AUGGGAGUUUCAUAUCUUCUGCAUCGAAGGACAGGCAAAGAAUACCCGUGGAUUCUGGGGUUCAACACUUUCAUCGACUUGCUGUACACACUGGCCAACGGGGUCUCAAUGAACGUAAGUUUCUUAAGAUUUGUUUUUGUUCUGAUAAAUUGUGAACACACCCAAGGCAUAGGGCGUUUUUUCAAUUCCUGAAAGUUUUAGCUUGCGCUCUGCGGGCACAGAUGAAGUUUUAAGCAAUAUCUGCAACCUAGAGAGUACUCAGAAUUCGGAGAGCGGUUAGAUUUGGGAAAUUUAUGGGGCCUUCCUCCGGAUGAUUCCAGGGUCGCCUAGGCUCCUCAAAGAUACCAAUGGAAUAACGUCUCUUCGUCUCACUGUAAAUGCUACAUAAUUGCAACAAUCCAAGGACAUGUAGGGGAAAAUUUCUCGCAAAUGAAUUUUUUCUGACAAUGCCACGGAUCGUUGGGACCAUUCCCUUGUGAGACGAAAGUUGGUCAUCUUUGAAGCAUUGCAAAAACCGCUAUGAUAAGCCUGACCACGCAAGGCAUACAUCAGUACAUGGCGUUUUCAACGUACUUUCAGGUGAUACUAACAUUAAUAACAAAACUUUAAUUCUACCUGUAAAAAAUGCACAACUAAGAUAACGGCACGGUCAUACUUCUACGCCAUAAAAAGCUGCUACGGCAUGUCGCAAGUCAUUCCUUCGAAAUUUUAGCUCUUCUCGGCAGCAGUCGAGAUAAUAUUAUUCAAAGACCUUGUAUAUGAGAGAGCACGCGACAUAAGGAGUGUGACUAUAACAACUUGAAGAGUCCCCGUUGCCCAAAAGCCGGAGUCUUCACCUUCUUUAACUUCCCGGUGCAGAAUUGCUACAGCAUUACUCUUUUCAGACAGUAAUGAUAACCUCUACGCACACCUACCUCUUCACCCACAACCCUCUUUUGCAAAAUGCUCCAGACAUUGUGGUCGACUGGGCCAUCAUAUCCAACACCUACUUUAUGUCACUAGUGCCUCCGAAUACGGCGACCCACUUUUGGUAUCGCUACAACAUCCUGUGUAAAGGCGUGUUUUGGUCGAGGCGACGCUAUUGCCUCACGUACCUGUUUACGGUGGCCUUACAGAUACUUUACAGUUCUCCGUUCUUCGUGCUGAAGAUGCCAAUGUCAGCAGAAAGUGUCAAAGAGCUGCGAGAGAAUGGAUUUUUCGUUGGUCAAGAUAUCCCUCGACAUGAUCUGACCAAAACGGAUGAGGCUAUAAAUAUGGUUGGAACGUCCAUGUACAUAGUCAGCAACGCUUCUUAUUACCUCAUAAUGUUUUACUUCGGCUACAAGAUUGUAAUGAAAAUGAAGGAGUAUUCGAAACGGACGAUAAAUACGACGGAAAAGCUGCAGCAAAAAGUGGUUCGUGUCAUGGUUUUGCAGGUAAGACUGUUUCGAUUUUUGCGGCCGGAAGCUUAGAACACCCCAAGCCCAGCAGAUACACAAUACAUACAUUAUCAUCAAAAGAUAUGCAAAUAUCCGAUAUAUGCAGUAUUAGUCUGUCGGGAAAAUAAUGUGGAUUUGACGCAGCAAAAUGUCUCGCCUCGUUGCUGCCGCACGUCAAAUUUCCAAGCUCGGCUUGUCACAAAACCUCGAUGGAUGAUUUCAACGCGAGACUAGGCCACAUUAUUUUCCCGACAGACUGAAUAAAUCCCGAAACGCUGAAGUGAAAAACAAUGUGAUUUUUUUGCGAUAAAAUUCAUUUUCUCGGCCGCGAUUUUCGAUGCGACAGAGUGCUCAUUAUUUUCCCGACAGACUGAUAAAUUCAAGAUUUAAUUUAAUUUUUUUUUCUUUUUUUAAUCCCGCAAUUUUACGUAUUUAUGCCUUUCUUUGCAGGCAAUUUAUCCACUGAUCCUCUUCCUGUUGCCCAGCUUUGCGAUCGGAAUCUGUGUUCUUUUCGGCGUCAACUUCGAAGACUUGACCUACUUGGCCAGCGCCGCCAUAGAAUUAAUGCCGCUUUUGAGCACGUUGACCGUAAUCCUUCUGGUCCCAUCGUACAAACGCCAAAUCUGCGGUAAAUCGCGGACAGUCGUCUCGUCCAACACCUCCAUGGAUGUGAACAGAUCGAGAUCGGGAAGCAAUUUUGGAUCAAGAUGACGAGUUUAUAAUUAAAUAAAUCAAAUGGGAAGUGCUCCAAGUGCGACGCUCAGGUUUUGAUGAAACUUGGCAAAAAAUUUGAAAUAAUGGUUCAUAGGGCAUACCCGAGAUUUCUACCUUGCGCUUUGCAUAAACGACUGACAUUUUUUGGUUGGAAGUUGGAAAAAAUAUGCAAAUUUUUACGAAUUUUGGUAUCGAAAGUUUUAUGUCGAUUUCUACCGUAGAGGGUAAGGUUUCCACAAAAAAUCGGUUUUUUGUGGAAAAGAAUGACAAAGAUAUAGCUUUUUUUCACUCUGAACGCUCUGCGUCUUUGGCGUGCUCUCUCGGUCGUAAAAAUCGUUGAAUAUCUCGGCAGCUACUACAAAGCGCAGGCAAAAAUUUUCAGGGUUUUUCAUCCCCGCCAUGUGUGCAAAUUUAAGCAAAGUCUGACAAUGAGCGUCGCACUCUGAGUGUCACUCUGUCGGGAAAAUAAUGAGCACACUGUCGCAUCGGAAACUUCAUCGCCGCCGAAGAAAUGAAAUGUGUCGCGGCAACAUCAAAUUUCUUUUCACUUCAGCGACUCAAUCGUUGCAGCGACAUUGUGCUCACUAUUUUCCCGACAGACUGAUAUAAGCUUGUUUCAUUUACAUAUUUAGUGUCAGUCUGUCGGGAAAAUAAUGUGGACUUAUCGCGCUUUUAAAUCGAUCGCAUUUCUGGCCGCGGCUGAAGAUUUGGUGCGCGACAGCGACGAGGCGAGAGAUUUUGCUGCGACAAAGUCCACAUUAUUUUCCCGACAGACUGAUACGUAUUAUCUUUGCACAAUGUUUUUUGCCAUAACUUAUAAACGUAUAACCAUAAGAACCUGUAAUUUCGCAGUCUUUAUUUCCAAAUGUAAUGCUUGGUAAUGCAAGGAAGCGGGACUUGUGACAGCCACACAAAAACAUAGCUGCCCUUCACAAACAUUACCACUGCCAUAUAUGGCUUCUUCCCCCUUCCUUCCCGCAUUGUGUUACGAAAUUCUCCAGCCUUUUCUCAUGGCGUAUCCAUGGGACAAACAAGGCCCAAAUUUAUUUGUAAUUCCAGGUAUAACCGAGGGCAUUCCUUAUGCGGUAUUAUGUUUUUGUUUUGUUGCAUUUGCUUUUUAUACAUGUUUGUGGUUUUUUAUAAAUUGUAUAUAACUCAGAUUUUUGUCAAUCUCGAUAUAAAUAUAAUAAAUACUGGAAUUCUCACUUCAAAAAGUAAGUAGACUUUUCGUCGCUUGCCGAAAAAGCAUUUUGCACGGUGCACUUCACGUUUUUGCAAAAAACGGCAAAAUUUGCGUUCGCAAUAAAAUACAACAAAAAUAAUGCGUAUUAUGCAUUUGCGAAAGCGCAUAGACUUUUUGUCACAACCGUUCUGCACUUUGCCAAUGAAAAGCCGUCGAACAUUGCACAGUGCAAACAAGGAAAAAUGCGGUGUGCGAAAAGCUGGAAAAUAACUACUACUCAACACAAAAAGUCCUGAGAAUUUGCACUUGGCCGUUGUUACAAAAAUUGCGGAAAAAGUAUAUUGCAAAACGCGUUUGAAUUUUGGCCUGUGUGCGAUUAUUUUCAUCGCUGAAAAAAAAGAAUCAGUUUUUUCAGUGUGUGUCAGAAUUAUCAGGAUUUAUACAAACCGGUGCUGACAACGUGGGCUCUAACAAAGCUCUGCAAAACCUACUCCAAUUUGUAUAAUAUUUCCUCAAAUCUUUCCUGCACAUUACUACAAUUUUCAAAUAUUAUCUCAUUUUUUUUCUUCUCAAGAAUUCCCUGUAUUUUUAUAUCCACUCUUCUUCGUCCAUCCACCUUCUCUCCCUGAGGCGCCGCACCUGCGAGAUUUUAUUAUUAUUUUUGCGCGGAUUUUCCCUUCUUUUAUUUGUUUGCGAAUGGACACGACGCAAGAGCGGCGGACCGAGGUCGUCGCGACGACUGAGUCACGGAAAGCGAACGGAUCUUAAUUAUCCGUUCGUUUGGCUACCUCGUUUCGCAUAUGCCGAGUAAUAAACGAGGGCGUGUUUCGGGCUUGUUGCGAGUUUGUUUCGGGUCGUAAAAGGUGAUGUGUUAUUUGUGGAACAAGGUAGAUUUUUCGAGGGUUUACAAGGUAGGUACUAAAAGUCCGACGCUCAGAUUUUCUUUAAAUUUAGCAUACGCGCUCUACAGGGACUGCCGAGAUAUUCAAGAGAGAGCGGUCAGAGAAGAAACGCUUUUUUGGCCACGUCUUUGCCAGUUUUGCUCGGAAAAAAUUGAUUUGUUGUGGAAACAUCAUCCUCUACUGUAGCAAUAUUACGAAUACUUUUGAUAGCAAAAUUCGCAGAAAAAAAUCUAGAUUUCAGCCAACUUUCAAACUGAAAAAUCUCGGCCGUUAUGCUAAGCGCAUGCUCGAAGGCUCGUAGAUGUCUUACAGUGGCAAAAAACAUACCAUUUUGCCUUCGGGAAGUAUCAAAAACGCAGCAAAAUGCCUCCAUGUCCAAGUGAAAGAGAAAAAUAAUUAUUCUAAAUUUGUGCCAAAUUUCAUCAAACUCUGAGCGUCGCACUUGGAGCAUCACCUUAAUCUCACCUGUAAAACCAUGACCCGAGCAUUAACCAUUUGUCCCUAAAAACCGAUUUUUUUUUAUCAAAAAGGCAUUGAAAAAUGUCACCAUUCCUGACAAUUUGAACCCUACACACUCCGUUUAAAUAUUCUAUUUUCCUUGUUCUUCAUUUUUGUUUGUAGUAUUUCCGCACUCUUUCCGUCCGAAAGGCUCAGAGAUCCACGUUUCCUUGACAAUUAUUGUUCCGCCUGCCCAGACUUGUGUCACUUCCCACUUUAGGCUCCUUGUAAGGCGCUUAUAUCGUAUUAUCUUUUUGAUGAGUCAAAAAAAAAAUUGUUUUUUUUGCACUUACACGGGAAGUACCCCAAGUGCGACGCUCAGAUUUUCUUUAUAUUUUGCACACACGUCGGGCAUCAACUAAAUAUCAAUUCCUGAAAAGUUUUAGCUCGCGCUUUGCAAGCGCCACCGAGAUAUCGGACCAUUUUUGCCUCGGAGAGAGUACGCCUACGCCUAACGCGGAGAGCGGUCAGGGAGAAAAAAGCUUUCUGGCCAUAACUUUGGCAGUAUCGUGCUGAAAAAAUUGAUUUUUUGUGGAAACAUUACCUUUUACAGUAGAAAUAGGUAUGCAACUUUUCGUGUCGAAAUUCGGCAAAAAGUCCUAGAUUUUCGCCGACUUUUGUUCUAAAAACCUUGGCUGCUUCUGCAAAGCGCGAGCUAGCAUUCUCGCAUAUAUUUUAGAAAAAAAUACUCUAAAUCUGUGCCAAGUUUCAUCAAAAUCUGAGCGUCGCACUUUGGGGUCCCCUGUCAGUCAAAAAUUUUUACAACGGAGGAAUAAAGAAAUACACAUGCUAUAAAGAGGCUGUGUUGUAUCGACGUUUAAAUAAGCACAAAAUUAAGCUUAUUUUUCCUCUACAAUUGAUGGCUACAGAGAGGUUUUGUUACUACUACGCGUGUUUAAAAGUACCUAAACUUUUUGUCGCAAGUUUUCCGCACUAUACAGUUGGCCUUUUGCAAUUGAAAUAUCAAUGUGGCGCAGGCUUUUUUUCUAAAAUUGUUGCGAUUUUUCUGAAUUUUACAAUGUGUUUUUUCAUAAAUAUCUUUUCUUAUCGGGCAAUUCGAUACUAUUGUUUGUCCAGAUGCGUCAUAUGAGCGAAUAAUAAUACGCAUUUUAGCUGUUUGAAAAGAGGAUUGAGCGGGUUUGACGCAAUUUUUAGGAAGCCUUACAGGAGCUUUCAAAAAAUUGAAAGACUUUUUUACAUAAUUUUGGACUUUUCCCAGACAUUUUCGGAUGUUACAGCUGGUCGUUUAGACGCUUCGCUGAGACAAAUCCACAUUAUUUUCCCGACAGACCAACAAUAUUUCGCUUUUUCAAAAGUGCGUAACGUUUGGCACAGUGAAAAACGUUCCGAAAACCAUAGCGUCGCGCGUCGGUGCGAUACAAAAAAACGGCCCAAAAAAAAAGCAUAUGCACUUUUGAAAAAGCGUAAUACUACUUUAUUUAUUUCUUAUGCGAAGAAUGUUUGCCUUGCAGCUCAUCCCACAUCCUCCUAUAAAGUAAACGUUCUGUGAGAUUAUCUAUGUCACUGGAGACGCGAAACAAUACAUUGAAGCCCUGGAACUCCACCAACUUCCACACAAAAAACCUCUCCAUCAGUCUGUCGGGAAAAUAAUAAGCACAAGCGACACAAUUAAAUUUCUCGGCGAUGAUGCGAUUUUCGAAACGACAGAAUGCUCAUUAUUUUCCCGACAGACUGAUAAGUGCUCCUAGUCGCGCCAUAAAUCCCUGACACUUUUUCACAUUGCGCCCGUCGCAGCGAUUCCCCGUUUUUGUAUGCACUGGGCCAAAAUGAGGCUCCGAACAACAAAAUCUUUCUAUAACGAACAAAUUUUUUGGUUUUUUUCGUGAUUUGCUGUACAGCUUUUCUUACUUUUUUAAUUUUUUUUUCAAAAUUUCUCCCCAAAAUUCUUUUUUGUUUACUCCGCAAUUCCCCCCAAACCACAGCGAAUAUGCCCCAGGGCACAUUCGCUGUGUGGAUGCGGGAGACCGAAGCCAGGUGGAAAUUUUGACGGGUCUGCAAAUCGGAUUAUGUUUGUUAAGUCAGUGCAAACGUCACCUCAAACACUUGACGAGUGGAAGCGUAUGCAAAAUUCCCGAACAUUCAGCGCUCAAGAGCGCGCUUCGCCGGCGAUUUAUUUUUGUCUUUUUCGCUGCGACCCGGAGGAUUUUUACUUUUUCAUUUUUGGUCGGAAAGUUUGAUUUUGCAGAAAGUUGGGAGAAAAUCGGUUUAGAGUGGUCUCCGUGGAAUAAAGUUCUAUUUAUAAUAGACAUAAAAAGCUAUAUUAUUUUAUAGCGGUUGCUUUAUGCUUACUAAUCGUUCCAGAAAGUGCAUAGACUUUUUGGCCUCUUUUUGCACCGCACAGUGCAUGUUGCCCGGCGUUAUCCUUUUCGAAACAUCUUUUACUGUAAAUUUUAUUCUCGUGUGCCGAAACUCCGCGGCGGUCCUGUUAAGAAAAUCUUGCGUCUUAGCGGAGUACAAGUCAUGUCGGAGAGCCGCCGGACUGAUUUUGGCGUUUCACUGUGAGAAAGAGUCACGUUAGCACGAAAAAUAAAAAGCUUCGUUAUACAGAGUUUUCGUUGUACAGUAACCUCACCCUAAGUAAAACUUUGUUUUCCGGCCUAAAAGUUUCGAAACACAUGCUAAUGAUUCUUAAAAAUUCAAUUAAACCCCCUCUUGUUCCUUCUUUAUUUCCUCAAAGCUCACCCCCCCCCCUUCCUAAACCAACAAACCCUGCGGGCCCCAACGUUCGAAACGGCUGAAUCAGAGUCAAAUUUAAAUCUCCAUUCAAGGAAAUUCCCGUUUCUUUCCGGUUUCCGCUGUUUCGUAGGGUUUUGAUAAGACCUUUGGCGCUUCGAAAAAUUCAUCUUCUUAUCAGCGGCGGCCUGCAAUUUUUCGUCAUUUGCACAGUGUUGGCGCAGAAAUUGGUCACAAAUUCGGUGAAGUUGAAUUUUUCAUGCGGAUUCUUUGCUAAUUUUUGUUUUUGGAUCCUCAUAUACCAGGGUAUGGUCAACUUUGAGCUCUUUUUAUACUAUACUUCACAUUAAUAGAAUUUUUUUUGAUUUUUUCUAAAAAUUUGUCAAAUUCCCUUAGGUAAUGAAUCUGAAAAUAGACGUAUUGUUUUCUCUGUAUUCUUUGUCCAUUUUUCAUUUGAAAUUUUGAGUUUUUUUUUUAUUUACAUUUAUGUCAUUUCGCCCUAAUUUUUUCAAUGACAAGCUAAAUAUUGCUCGAAAAUUUUGCCUGCUGCUAACUAACAAGGGAAGUACUCCAAGUGCGACGCUCAGAUUUUCUUUAAAUUUUGCACACACGUCGGGUAUGGACUAAAUAUCAAUUCCUGAAAGUUUUAGCUCGCGCUUUGCGGGCACCGCCGAGAUAUCGAACGAUUUUUGCCGCCGAGAGAGCACGCUAAACGUGGAGAGCGGUCAGAGAGAAAAGCGCUUUUUGGCCAUAACUUUGGCAGUUUCGUGCGAAAAAAUUUGAUUUUUUGUAGAAACAUUAUCCUUUACGGUAGAAAUAGGCAUGAAAGUUUUCGUGCCGAAAUUCGGCAAGAAGUCCUAAAUUUUCGCCGACUUUUGAUCUAAAAAUCUCGGUUGUUUCUGCAAAGCGCGAGCUAGGAUUUUCGCAUAUGCCUUAGAUAAAAUUAUUCUAAAUUUGUGCCAAGUUUCAUCAAAAUCUGAGCGUCGCACUUGGAGUACUUCCCCUGUAAGUUUAUUAAUUUAGUCGGAACUCCUUUGAUCUUAAAUUUGUAAAACGAUAAGGUGCCUACCGACAAACUUUUUAACAUUUUUUUGUCCUUUUUUAUAUCAUACUUGGCAUUAGAUGCAAAGCUUUGACUUUUGGCCCACUUUUUGAUAACCUCAGGGCGUUUCGAAGAGUUUAAGAUGAUCCCAGCGACUUUCUCCUGCUGUUUACAAAACCUCUUAACUCCACUUCCGUUUGAAUUGCCCCUAUGACAUCGGAAUAUUAUCCAUGACCUUUCGUUCAAAAAAAUUGAAAAUUCUCAAAGUAAUAUGAAUAAUCCGAUGAAUAAACGGUGUUAGUAACGCCAUUAGAAUUUUUCUUCAGGCAUGCGAAAGUUUCUUUAGUUUUGGAAACAAUCUUUGGUCUUGACACGAAAACUGGACUUUUUUGGCAUUCUGUUUUAAAUAUAUAAAUCAGAUGUUUGGGGGCUGUAUAUGUUUAUACCGACGUCAAAAAUCGUAUUUUACAUUUUUAUUCGUGUUUCUGCGCGUUCUUCGAAAUUUACGACUGCACUGUGCGGAUUUCAUAAUUUCUCAAAAAUUCGGGGAAAAAAUCGAUUUUUCAAUUUCACCUUUUUUAGCCCGGCUGUUUAUCGACCAGAUUCUCCGCUGAGCCAAAAUUUUUUGCCCAUCCGCAGCCCUCACUUGCCACGCCGCAUUUCCCGUCGCACUGUGCGCCACCGGAAACGAUUCGGCCGCGCAGCCACCACUCGGACUCGGCCCCGGCCAUCCUCACACCGACGUCGAGUGGGUCGAGCGCCGCCUCCGAGGCCGCGGAGCCGCACGCCACGUUGGUGCGACGCAGCGCGUCGUGGAAUGCGCAACGCCGCACCGUGCGCCUCGCCAACCAGCCGCUGCCCUCGCCGCUGGGCUCGCCCGGCGAUCGGAUUGGGCAGGAUGUGAAUGGGAGAGGCAUGCCCGAUGGACAAAGUGAGUUUUUGGGCACUAUUUGAUAUCUUCGAAAUCUCAGUGAAGCUCGAAAAAAUAAAAAAUGGCAUAAAACGUCAUUUUUUAAUUUUAAAAAAAUUUUUUGAAGGUUUUUUUUUCGAUUUUUUUUUGUUUUUUUCGACAGCACCUCCCCUUCUGGCGACGUAUUUUACACUCCGUAUUCUAAAUUCAACGAAAAGUAUAUUUAAAAAUUAAAAUCCCCAAUUUUCCCCUAUCUUCUGCAAAAACCCGUAAUUUUCGCUAUGUUACAGUAGACUUUUCAAUAUAUCAUAGUAAGAGAAUAUGUUUUUUAUAAUCUCUAGCCCAUCCACAACAAAUUUCAGGGCUAUAUCAUUGCUUAUAACAAAGUUACCGCUGAUUUUUUACCUUCAACGGCCUAGAAAAAUUUCUUUCAAAUAACGCCAUUUUUGACAAAAUGUUUUAAAUUCUUUAUGAUACUAAAUUUCUACAUAGUUUGUAAAGUAUAACAACCUUUCCUUAGCCAUCAAUGAGUCGCCGCGGACAUCUCCGGACCCUCUUCCAUACGCUGAUGGCUUGCAGCAAGACGAUGACACCAUUUACAACACUGUUCAAAAGAAAUUAUUUGAAAAUUAUCACUCCAUUGCGUAUCUGCUGAUCAUCACUACGGUAGGUUUUGCGAGCUUUUCGGAUCGUUCUAGGACCUUUUUUGGGGCAAAAUUUAUAUUGUAGUAGGUAGUGGAUGGAAAAACCGAAGAUAUUUCGAAGAAUUCGAGCUCGGUACGCUGUGUAUAAACUUUAAUCGCUGUAUAUUGCUAUUAGAAGUAUUUUAAGUCAUCUUAGUCCUCUCGUUACGCCGUAUUUUACACUUAAACAUCCAUUUUUUCCGAAAUUUCUCGAUUUUUUCCCAUUUUCCUUGAUUUUCUUUUAAAAUGUCGUAUUUUCAGUAUCUCAUCGCUUUCACUGAGUAUAUAUAUCUUCGACUGGUGUCGUUGGUAAUGCCCGACUACUAUAUUUAUCAUCGGAAUUGCGAGAAGCAUCAAAAUGAGACGAUAAUUCGAACGGAGUUCCAUUAUGUCUCAAUUACCGUCGUCUUUCUGACCAUUGGGGCUUUCCAAGUCUGUGUAGGUGGCGUGUGAUACGAUCAGAAAAUAACUCGACGUUUUGCAGUGUUUCUUUUUGUUGACCAUCUCCGGCCGUUGGCUGACCGUCCGCCGAACUUUCAAACAUUUUAUCAGCAUGGAGGAGAAGCUGCGCAAUGAGGUCGUCUUCUCCAUCAAACGGGUCAUGUAUCAUACUGUGUUUCCAACCUUUCGUAAGUCCUUUUUGAUGGGCAUUUCCUUUUUUUUUGAGGUUUUUUGUGGUUGUAAAAUAGUUUCGGGUCUCAACACGAAAACGUUAAAAGUCUUGGGAUUGGUGGGAAUGAGAUAAUGUAAGGUCCAAGCGUUUGAUAGUUGUAAUAUUCACCCAAUUUGCUAUAUGACUUUUCAAUUACGAAAUGAAACAGUCCAAAAUCACUCCAUUUUUUUAAUGCCUAAUAUGACCUUUUUUCAGUAGUCUACACUCUCUGUUCGGCGGUGAUUCUGAACGCAAUCUUCUACAUGGUGGGGAUGCGAGAUCCCAUCGACUCCACCGUCUCUCAAGUCGUAAUUUAUCUCUUCGACGCCUGUGUUUUCAUCUACUUGGCCGCUUUUCCCAUUGUCUGUCUACUGUACCAUCCACGAAUUCGAUGUCGUCUCCGGUUGAAGGGCGCAGUUCGAGCCUCUCGCGCCUCCUCGGAGCCGCUGCCCAACAACGCGACAGCGCAUUUGGUGGCGUUCCGCAAGGCUGACGGCGACAUCAGCGAUCCGCGAAACCUGCAGGUCUGCAUUGCACCUAUUCAGACCAGUGUUUAG